GUUUUAUUUAUGCCAAAACAGAGAAAAAAAAACGCUACUUAUUCAGUUGUUACGUCAGACUCCGAGUCUGAAAACAACUCUUCAAAAAUGCAUAAAAAAGAUGAUGACAAUUUUGAUAAGUAUAUAUCGAAUACUGGAUUGAUUUCAAAUUUAAAUUUUCAUCAAUGUUUUGAUAUUAUUAAAAAUUGUUGCUCAAUUCAAGACAAACGGUCUGUUUCCAAGUAUGCUGAUGCUAUUAUUGUUGCUUCCGAAAAUAUGAAGAAAAUGUACGAUGAUUUGUUUAAUAAGUGUAAUACCAAUGUUGAUGAAUCAAAUAAAUUAUUGUUGGAAAUAAGAGAUAAAUUGAAUGCCCCUAUUCCAUACAAUGUUGUCGCUGCGAAGCCAAAACAUGAUUCUUCGUUUUCUGUCUCUCCUACUAAUUCUUCAAAACCAAAUGAAUUUACCUUGUUCGUGAAUGCCAAUGAAGGUGUAUCGAGCAAUGAUAUUAAUGGUAAAGUUAAUCAAGCUAUUAAAGAUUUGAGAAAAGUUAAACCAUGUUUAAAAAUUAAUAAGAUUAUCAGAAGUGCCAAAGGUAAUAUAAUCAAGAUGCCAAAUAGCAACGAUCUAGAUGUGCUCAUCGAUCAUUUUCGUAAACUUGAUCAAUUUAAUAGUAUGGCUACAGUAUUCAUCCCCAAACCACGUGAUCCUACUAUUGUCUUGAAAAAGGUCAACAAAUUUACUCAAUCAAAAGACAUUCCUAGCAUUUUAUCAAAUGUCAAUGAACAGCUUUCUGGUUUGGAAUCUGAAAUCAAAGUUGCUUUUGAAUUCCGUUCAAGUACAUUUCAUCGUGAUAUUGUUUUAAGAGUGUCUCCUAAUGUCUUCAAUCGUAUCUCCCAUCAAGAUAUUUUGUUUACCGAUUUUGAAGCUGUAAAAUUUUAUCAUCGCGUCUUCGUCAGACAGUGCAAAUUUUGUUUUCAGUUCAAUUCUCAUAAAUCCACUGAGUGCCCGCGCAAAGAUAAACCCAUUUGUUCUGACUGUGGUUCUGAAGGUACUCAUCAAUGUUCAAAAAUCCAUAAUUGCUUGAAUUGUAUCAACUACUUUAAAAAUAAUGUUAAAUCUAAUUUAGUUUGCCACAAACCCAAUACUAUUGAUUGUCCUUUGUAUCAGAAACAAAUUGAUAAAAUUUUUCAUCAAACAGCAUUCAAACCUUUUGAUUUUCCGUCUUCUAGUCGAUUAACCACUACAAUUGAACUUUCGUCACAACAAUCAUCUUCUUCCAUGCUUAUCGAUGGACAACAAAAUUAAAAUUAUUCAACAAAAUUUAAGAAAAAGUCCCACAGCUCAUAAUGAACUAAGAAGU